AUGCUAUUCACUAUCCUGCGCCUCCUCCGCACAGCCACACUCCUCUACGCCUCACUUGCCUAUUUGUUUCUCACUCCACGCUCUUUUAUCAAUGGAGGUUCUAUCUUUUCUAGAGAAGUUGCUACAGCUAUCGCUCACCACCAUCCGGUGAUAGCCUUUGAUGUUCUACCAAUACUUCAAGGACUAAGCUUUCCAGACAAUUACAAUGCAGUAGCAGAGCUCCGCGCAUUCGCUCUAUCUGAGGGAGUAACUCCGGCCAUAGCGCUGUUUACAAAGGGAACCCCAGUAAUCGGAGCCACCCAGGACCUCGUCAAGGAAUUUGCGGAUAAGAAUACAGGGAAGUAUAAGAAUAGCAUGCGUGCGCUCGAAGGAGACUGGGGAUUGGUACACACCCUUGGCCUUGACGCGAUCCCCACUCUGGGCUUUCUGGCCACAAUCGCGCACCGCAAUGGGAUAUCAAUUAUCUCUGGGCUCUUGCUGGGGGAUGCCCCGCUGUACGGAAGUGCAGGCAAGCCGUGGAGUAUAGCAGGAGACGUGGCUUCUCUAAAGCAUUCGGGAACGUGCAGCGUUAUAAGGGGCAUUUCACCGUUUGCAAAGCGUGAAGAGGUGCUUCAAAGACUCGAUGAGGCACAAAUUGUAGUAGUCACUUCUUCCGAUGGCUCCUAUGUCGCAUUUGACACGGAGAAGAAUCCAGCCAGCGGCGACAAGUUCCCAAUUAUCCCCAAAGAAAAGCAAGCUGCAGACUUGCUGUAUGCCGUAAAGAAGACAGGCCAGGCAAUGUUGUUCAUUGUUCGUGAACACUGUUGCGACACCGAGGAUCACAACCAAAGAAGGACGUUGAGGGAUGACGUGGAUAAGAUACUUAUGGAGAUCGGAAGCACAAACUUGCAAGGAGCAUCUGCUAGCCAAUAUUCACAUGAAAAGCUAAGCAAGGUCGUUAAAGGAGAGCUCAUGGAAAGCAUGCGAAUGAGUAUUCGGACGGCCGCUGCAAUAGCACGGUGUGCAACGUACAAUUCACGAGGCAUCCGAGGGUACUUCGUGUCUUUCUUCAAUGUUGUAGCCCACACAGCAUAUGACCGGGACGACCUAGAUAAGCAACCCUUCGAGUGCCGGCGUCUGCCGCUCUACGAUACCCUUGCAGCAUUCAUCAGGAACCCUCUAUUUGCGGGGAUCUCUGCCCUCUACAAUAUGUACUUUCUAACAGAACACUCCUCCAUUCUAUUUUCAGCAGGUCGGUAUAUCGCAUACGGAGUCGUUCUCAAUGUCGCGUUGGUAGCAUGUGUAAAACAAUUUAAAUGA